AUGGCACGCAAACUGAGCCACCAAAGGGUCACCUAUGUCCUCCCUCUGCCUGAUGCCCCAGGUGGGCACCGGCUGGGGGUUAAUGGCCUGACCGUCGACCGUCAGAACUCCAUCCUAUACUCCGCGGGUCGCGACGGCGCUAUCUGUUCCUGGGAUCUUGACUUCCCUGUGUCCCCCUCUUUCACCCCGUCAAACGGACCGUCGCCAGCUCCAAAGCCAGGCCCGACCCGCUUCAAAACCCAGGUCCAAGCCCACAGCCAUUGGAUCAACGACAUCGUCUUGGCACAGGACAACUCCGCGCUCGUCUCCGCUUCGUCCGACACAACCGUGCGACUCUGGCGCCCGCAUUCCGAAUCGACCGAUGUCCCUGAGCGUAUCGGUAAACACACGGAUUAUGUCAAGGCGCUGGCGAGCCCAGGCAACCACGCCACUUGGGUUGCCUCGGGCGGCCUCGACCAAAAGGUUUACUUAUGGGACUUGAACGGCGGGGGAGAAGUAUUGAAUAUAAAUGCCGGUGGAGAUGAUUCAACCGACAAAGGAUCUGUCUAUGCGCUGGGUGCCGUUUCGUCGGUUCUCGCCAGCGGCGGCCCCGAGAAUGUCGUUCGAGUGUGGGAUCCCAGGUCUGGAAAGCUAGUGACCAAAUUCGUGGGUCAUACAGACAAUAUUCGUGACAUUUUAAUAAAUCAGACGGGCGAUACAAUCAUGACCGCGUCCUCUGACCAGACAAUCAAGAUCUGGUCUCUCACGGCGGGCCGGUGCAUGAAUACUCUGACGAUGCACAAUGACAGUGUGUGGUCUCUCUACUCAGACCACCCUGAUCUCUCUGUUUUCUAUUCGAGUGAUCGAUCUGGCUUGGUAGCAAAGACCGAUACACGAGGAUCGCCAGAUCCGGAGCAGGGUACAUCCGUCGCCGCACUACAAGAGCACGAGGGCGUUGUCAAAGUUGUGGCAGCUGGAGACUACAUUUGGACGGCGACCCCUAAGUCAAGCAUCAACCGCUGGCGAGACGCCGAUACUACACUUGAUAUCGAGGCGCCACCUGACCCAGCCCGUACAAUAGACUCUGCCGCCGCGCCCGCGACCUCGUCAGACAAGGGACCUAAGCAAAUUCCGUUCAAUAGUGUCUUGCAGCUUUCAGCAACGUCGCUGCUCGGUGGCUCGCCUAAAGUGAACACAUCGGAGCCCAACUUGGAAACUCUUGGCUUGACUAUCCCGAUUCAUUCGUUGCCGGAAGAAUCCAUCGAAGGCCAACAUGGCUUGAUCAAAUGUUUGAUGUUAAAUGACCGGAGGCGCACGCUUACUCAAGAUUCGGCAGGAGAAGUUGUUUUAUGGGAUUUGCUCAAGUGUCUUCCUGUUCAAACAUUCGGCAAGCGCCACAUAGACGAUGUUGCCUCGGAAAUCAAUACUGUUGAUAGUAUUGCACACUGGUGUGCAAUUGAUGUCCGCACUGGCAGGCUGUCGGUCAUUCUGGAGCCCAAUCGUUGCUUCGAUGCGGAGGUUUAUGCUGAUGAGACUGAUUUGUUAUCAUCUGAUCUGACGCAGUUCAGAGAUGAUCAAAGAAUCAAUCUCGGCAAAUGGAUCUUGCGUUGGUUGUUUGCUCCGGUGGUAGAUGAUGAAGUUCGACGAGACAAUGAAUUCCGCCAAGCUGCCAUAGCGAGAGCAGAAGAGCUUGCUCGAUCGAAUCCGCUGGAUACGCCAGGACCCGGUGAUGACAUUCCCCGCAGCCUCGGUAUCCCUAUCUCCAACCCGCAUUCUGGAUCGACCUUGCGCGCCGGGUCAGACUUUCCUGGAAGCCCAAGCACUGGGUUUGGCAUCCACAUCGGCACACCGUCAUCAGCCUAUCUCAGCACUUCCAUGCAGAGCAACUCUCCAUUCCCCAUGUUUGAGCCAGAUACACCCGACGCUUUGGGCCCAGGAAAUUCCCACCCCGAUGGCGGACCAUCCUCCUUUUCGGAUAGAAGCGACUAUUUCUCAAACAGGCCUACUGCGCAUCCGCAAAUGGAUAAUGACAAGACCCCCAUGUCUCCUGGUGAUGCAGCCCACAAUUUAGGUGUUCCUCAGUCCCCCGCAGAACCCGACAAAGAAGAGCGCAAGAAGGGCUCCCUGUUCUCGAAAUCGUUCCAAAUGAAGUUUGCCAAGCUUGGCAAUCGUACUUCUACUGAUAUCCCAAAACCUCAGAUAUUGGAAGAGAAGGCUGAAGAUUCGGAGAUUUCGUCUGUCAAAGAAGAGAAGGUGUAUGAGCCAAAUCUCUGUGGUGUGGUAGAACGCAUUCGCCAUGACUACGAAGAUUUCCUGGCAUCGAAUGCAGACCGGGAUUUGGAAACGGCUAUUUUGCCCAGUGACGAGAGUGAAACUCCCCGGUUGAGCAUCCCGCCCCGUACUGCAGUUUUCAUCCAGGAGGAAACUGGCGACACUGCCGUUGCCUCUGAUCUCUACAGAGGCAGCGUAGACCGCAUCGGCGAGGACCUUGAAAGGCUUAAGAAGUCAAUCCCUCAUUGGCUUGGUGAACUUCUUUUGAAGAACCAAAUUCCUUUCAAGGAGCAGGUCAAGAUUGCCUUUGUGCUGAAACCUUUCGACGAUUCCUUGCCACCUGUCGUUAAGCCUGAGCCGUAUGUUCCCCCAAGGCCCAAUCCCCCAGAGUCCCCCAGGUCCUACCUUAUACACCUGGACUUCGUCCCCCCAAAUUUUUAUGGAACUCAGACUAAAACCCGGAAUUCUUCCUCCAGUGCACCCCCCAAUGGUGCUCCGCCGGGCAACCUGAGCGCCAAUAACAACAACAAUGGCUCCCGUCUGAAUGCCAACCGCAUGCUACGAGCAAAGAAGGUUCUUGCUUACGUCGCAGAGCGGAUCGAUCCCAUGGAUCCCAAUGAGCCCGAAGAAUCCGCCAUGCCGCCGGAGGAGUAUCUCGAACUCUACUGCCAGAAGACGCUCUGUCCACCAAAUAUGACACUGGCAACAAUCCGCACACACCUCUGGCGCACCUCCGGAGACAUGGUCCUCUACUACAAGACGAAUGGUAAGAAAGAGAUCCACCCGCCGCCGUCCCUCCUCGGCAUCGAUGAGAACCGUGUUUCCAUGGGCGACCCUCAUGCUUCGAACGGCGAUAGCCACGGCUAUGCGCCACCUGGCAGUAUCCACUCCAUGGCUAAUUCGGGAUCUGUUGCCGGCUCGGUCGUCACUUAA